AUGACCAAAUUAGAAAUUAAAAUUAUUGAAACCAAACCCUUUGAUGGGCAAAAACCAGGUACAAGUGGAUUAAGAAAAAAAGUUACAGAGGUUAUGAACGGUAAUUACUUGGGUAAUUUCGUUCAAUCAAUUUUCAACGUAUUACCAAAGGAUAAAUUAAAGGGCUCAACUUUAGUAGUUGGUGGUGAUGGACGUUAUUAUAAUAAGCAAGCUAUUCAAUUAAUUUUUCAAAUUGCUGCUGCCAAUGGCGUCGGUAAAAUAUUAGUUGGUCAAAAUGGUUUAUUAUCAACACCAGCAAUCUCUGCAAUUGUAAGAGCUAGACAAGCAUUAGGUGCAAUUAUUUUAACAGCAUCUCAUAAUCCAGGUGGUCCAAAAGGUGAUUUUGGUAUCAAAUAUAAUCAAUCAAAUGGUGGCCCAGCUCCAGAAUCAAUUACAAAUGCAAUCUAUAAAGAAACUACUACAAUCACUCAAAUCCAUAGUGCUGAAAAUGUUAAUGUUAGUGAUCUCUAUACUCUCCAAUCACACGAAUGGGAAGGUUUCACUGUUGAGGUUAUUGACUCUGUCUCUGACUAUUUGACCCUUUUAAAGAGUGUUUUUGACUUUCCAUCCAUCAAGAAAUUUGCCACUGACCCAACAAAGAACUUUAGAUUCAAUUUUGAUGCAAUGAGCGGUGUAACUGGGGUUUAUGGUAAAAGAAUUUUCUCUGAUGAACUUGGAUUCCCUGAAUCAUGCCUCAUCAAUUGUAUUCCAUCAGAAGACUUUAAUGGCGGUCAUCCAGAUCCAAACUUGACAUAUGCUCCAGAGCUCGUUAGAAAAAUGAACAAUGGCGAAUUUGACAUGGGUUGUGCCUCUGAUGGCGAUGGUGAUCGUAAUAUGAUUUUGGGUAAUCGUUUCUUCCUCAAUCCUUCAGACUCUGUUGCUCUUAUCGCUGCCAACUAUCAAGCAAUUCCAUACUUUAGAAAUGGAUUAAAAGGUCUUGCUCGUUCAAUGCCAACUAGUGCCGCCCUUGAAAGAGUCGCUACUGACCUUAAAGUACCUUUCUUUGAGGUACCAACUGGUUGGAAAUUCUUUGGUAAUCUAAUGGAUGCAGAUACACUCUCCAUUUGCGGUGAAGAAAGUUUCGGUACUGGUUCAGACCAUAUCAGAGAAAAGGAUGGCAUUUGGGCCAUCGUAUGUUGGCUUCAAAUUCUUGCUUUCAAUAAUACCACAUCCCUUGAAGAGAUUGUUAAAAAACAUUGGUCCAAAUAUGGUAGAAACUAUUAUUCACGUUACGACUAUGAAGAGAUCGAUACUAAACCAGCAGAGGAAAUGAUGAAACACGUUUCUGCUCAAAUUAACUCACAAGAAUUAGUUGGUAAGAAAUUUGUUGGAAUUCAAGAUAAUGUUACCUAUGAAGUCGCAAAAUGUGAUGAUUUCGAAUACAAAGAUCCAAUCGACAAAUCAAUUUCUUCACAUCAAGGUCUUCGUAUUAUUUUUACCGAUGGUUCAAGAAUUAUUUUCCGUCUUUCUGGUACUGGCUCAACUGGUGCUACUGUUCGUGUUUAUUUCGAUAAAUAUGAAACCAAACAAGAUCAAUUAAACAACAAUGUUCAAAUUCAUCUUAAAUCACUUAUUCAUAUAGCUCUUGAAGAAAUUUCAAAAUUAAAACAAUAUACUGGUAGAGAUGAACCAAAUGUUAUUACAUAAAAAAAAAUAAAAAUAAAUAAUAAAACUAUCAAAUAAUUAAUAAAAUAAAAUAAAAUAAAAUAAAAAAAUAAAAUAAAAUAAAAUAAUAAUAGUAAAUAGCCAUAUUAUUUUUUUUAUAUCC